AAAAAAAAAAAAAAAAAAGAGUUUGUGUAGGCCUACAUUUAUUUACACUUUAACAUCGUAGCUUAUGUUGCUUUUAGAUAAAUUUGCUUUUAAUUAAAUGUGUUAGAUUAGAAAGACUUUAGUUUGUUCUCUUUUGCAUACCACGGGAGCUCCACGGGAGCGGGCUCCUGACAGCUGAUUCAGCCACAUGGCCCCGCCUGGACCAUAUUCACCCCAGCAAAUCCUGUGGUCAGCUGAAGGUAAAGCUUUCGGGGGCCAUUAGAUUCCUCUGCACAACUCAUGGCCAAAGUCAACAGCGGUUCAUCCGGUUGCAGGGCCAUGGCCAUGGCUGGCCAGUUUUGGACGAAACCGUCAGCCCUGAGUCAGCAGAGGAGCGCUCAUCAUCAGCGGAGACUAGUCACAGUGAAUCAGCGCAUGAGAUCAGCCAGUGCUGCGGGACACUGGAGCAAAACCCCAGCGUGGACCCAACAGGAGGUCCUCAACAACACCUCCCCGAGCGAGCUCAACGUCUGGUCUAACCGCACGCUGAUCUACAGAGAUGUCAAGGCUUUUCUUAAUCAAAUUGGAGGUGAUCCACGGGAGGCACGGUACUGGUUAACACACUUUCAGCGGGCUGGUUUAUCUCCAGCGUUCGCGGUCCUGGAGGUUGACACAUCAGUGUUUGAUAGCCGUGAGAUGGUUCAGAGCCUGGCCUUUGGGCUGUCGUUCCUGCAGCGGAUGGAUAUGAAGGUUGUGGUGGUGAUGGGAUUGCCUCCUGAGAUGGAGAAAGAAGACAGCACUAAAACUGGGACUAAUUCCUCCCUUGCCAGGACUGUGAUGGUGAAACAUUGCCAGGCUUUAACAGAAGCACUUCAGCACAACUCAGCCAAUGUGAUGCCCUUCUUUAGUUCAGAGGCCCUUUUACAACUGCAGGACCCUCAGGAUAAGAGCAGCAGUGGUCCCACAGUCGUUGUGGACUCAGCUCUUCUGCAGUGGACUCUGGACUGUAGAGUCAUUCCGCUGGUCUGUCCAGUGGGCCGCGAUGCAGGUGGUCGUUCUUCUGUUCUCAGCCCGAUCCAGGUGACGGCAGCCAUCUCGCAGUCACUGCAGCCUCUGAAAGUCAUAUUCCUGAACAGCUCAGGGGGCCUCCGUAACCAAAACCACAAGGUGUUGGGUUUAGUGUCAUUGCCGGGAGAUUUGCCAGGCCUGAGUUCUGCGAAAUGGCUGAGUGACGUGGAGAAAAGGCGCAUCAGUACCAUUGCACAGCUGCUCAACCUGCUGCCGGUCGAGAGCUCGGCUGUACUCACCUCAGCAGGAACACUUCUCACAGAGCUCUUCAGCCAUAAAGGCGCAGGCACCCUGUUUAAAAAUGGAGAUCCCAUCCACAGAUACAGCAGCCUAGAUGACAUUGAUAUUGGCCGUCUCUUGGCACUGAUUAACAAGUCUUUUGAGAGGAACCUGAGAGAGGAUUACAUAGCAUCUCUCAAGGGCAGACUGCAUUCUAUUUACCUGUCUGAAGGGUACAGUGCGGCUGCUAUAAUCACCACAGAGCCUGUGAACAGCGGCACUCCAUACCUGGACAAAUUUGUGGUCAGCAGCAGUAAACAAGGGCAAGGAACUGGCCAGAUCUUGUGGGAGUGUAUUCGUCAGGACUUGGGCAAGCUCUUUUGGAGAUCCCGUGCUACUAACCGCAUCAAUCCCUGGUAUUUCAAGCACUGUGAUGGCAGUUUUGUAAAUGGUCACUGGAUUGUAUUCUGGCUUGGCCUUUCAGACAUCCGUGAGUCUUACGAGCUGGUGGAGUAUGCCAAGUGCCUUCCUGACUCCUUUGGCUCUCAAACAGUAACAGAAGCAAAACCCCUUCAGCAACCCCAAGGGUCUUAAAAUCAUACUAAUCUCAUGCCCUGUGAGGUCACUGCAUCAUAUUUUCACACUGUCUUGGAGUAUUUGUUGAUUAAAGGAACAAUUCAAAUGUCAUCCCAAACCCAUGUUUUGACUUCCUUUCUUGAACACAAAAGGAGUUUUGCGUCAUCUGCCCCUGGCACCCAGCCACUUCCUUUAAAGAAAAGUUUCCAAAAAGGGGUUUUCACAGCAAUACCAUAUAGAACAGUGAACCUUAACCUUUCCGACUCCAAGGUCCUCCAUUGUCCUUGACAAUAUUCAAAGGACAAUGGAGCAACAAUAUUAUAAAUAACAAUAUUAUAAUUAAAAUAAUAACAUUUCAGGUUUCCAGGGGUUUUAAAAGCUGAGUGUUCUUCAGAGUUCCAAGCUUUUUACCCAGUGACUCUUCCAGUAGAUCAUGAUUUACUGGAGAAGAAUUAAAGAUAAAGAUUUUUUUCAAAAUAAUUUUUUUACUCUCAAUUUCUACCCAAUAAAAUAUUUCAGAGCUUUGCAUAAAUAGUAAAAUGUUUAUUCAUUAUAAAAUUAUACUUUAAUUGUAAUUUUUAAAAUUGUAUUAAUUUACGUGAUUCUUUCAGGUCUAGAAAUCACAAUUUUAAAACAGUUUCUAAGGGAAAAAAUUAAGCAAUGUUCAGAUUUAGUUGUUUUAGCUUAUUUUAAUGCUUGUUUUGUCUUGUUUUAAAUCAUUUUAUUCAUCUUGAGACCCCUUCUGAAUUUGUGGGCCCCUGCCUCCUGGAUGAGAAUCACUGCCAUAGAAAAACCUUUCCAUGAACAGUUCUUAAAGGGUUAGUUCACCCAAAAAUGAAAAUUCUGUCAUUAAUUACUCACACUCAUGUCAAACUGCCAAAGUCACGUGAUUUCAGUAAACGAGGCUUCGUUACUGAAUUACUAUUUUCUGUGUGAAAUUGUAGCCUAUGUUUGACUGUGUACUUGUGUUUUUAAUGUAUACUCUUUACCUACCUACUGUAAAUCUAAUUUCAAUGACAGUUUGGUAGAUAUUCACAGAUCAAGAUAUACAAGGUGCUGUAAUGUGGUGAGUUUUAGAAGUAAGGGUUAAGGGAUAUAAAUUAUAUUUUAAGCUGCUCUUUUCCAUUUAUCAAAAGUGAUUGGGUAUAGAAAACUUCAAAAUUAACUUAAAACCAUUCAUACACUAUAUUCCUAGUUUUUAGAAGCCAUACAAUAGCUAUUUGUGAUGAACAGACAAAAAUUUAAUCCAUUAUUCUCUGAAAAUCUUCCCUCGUGCUCUCAAAUCUCAUUCA